AAUAACCAGUAAUACUGACAUUCACUUAGAUCAGUGGUCUCAAACUGUGGCCCUCCAGAUAUUGCAAAACUUCAACGGCUGUCAGGGCAUGCUGGGGAUGGAAGUUUGGCAACAUCUGGAGGGCCACAGUUUUAGGCCAUUGACUUAGAAGCUGUUGAUCCUCCCAAUAUCCAUUGGUUUAAGAAGAUGACACUGAAGCUUAUGCAGAAGCCCAGUCAUGUAGAGGGAACAUCUUCUUCCGAAUCAAAGUUAGAAGACAAAACAUUUACUUCAGAAUCUGAAUCCACAUGAAUAGUUGGCUUCGGGAGGACCGGAAGAACAACAGUACCUGCGGGACCGGUGAGGGCAGAGUUCUCCACGCCAGUCGCUCAAUGUAUUCAUCUGCAUCGAACGGCUCCUACACAGAGAACCCCAUCAAUACCGAGGAGAGCAUAAUUACAGUGAAACAAAAUAUAGAUAUCACCAUCUCUUAUGUCUGCGGAGUAGAUUCCAGUUUGAUGUAAAUAGUGCAGAAACAUAAUGCCUAUUCGCGGACUAUGGAUCUUAUAUCACCGGCCGGGGGGACAAGGAGAGGUAAAAUUCUCAAGGCAUUACCCUACAGUGGAGAAACGAGCAAAGGCCUUCAACAGGUCAAGUUAUGUGACCAUCCCAGAAGAUGUAGACCUCUCCAAAGCAUUACUCCAUGAACUCGGACUGACAGACCAAAAUAAAAACUUUGUGGAAAACAGGGACAAUUGUGCCCGGAUCAGAAAAACAAAUGUACACUCCCUGAUGGUUUCUGAAGGGAACCUCUGGCCUGUUCUGGCCAUUCAGAGCGGUGACUAUAUCUACGUAUGUCUACCUCUAGUGGAACAACUACUCACACCUGCCCCACCGCUUAUUGGUAUUAACAGUAUUUCUGAAGCAUUUGCACUUUUAUCUGGAGUCAUGCAGUUUGUGAACUCUGGGCACAACACAGAGGCAGACAUUUCCGCCAGGCUGACCCAGCUUCCACUUCUGGUAACACAGGCCUGUCCUCUCGGCUCCCCUGUGGACACCAAUUUGCUUGCACUGCCUGAUAAUCUAAGCAACGUAUCUGUGAACCAGUCUCAUAAAAGUCCGGCAUGGAGGACCUGCAAGCAAAAAGGAAAAGCCCAAAUUGAAGUUUAUAUCACGGAAAAAGUAAAUUCCACACAGUAUGACAAGGGUGAUGAUAGUGACAUGUGGCAGGUGUAUGGGUCAGUUUCCUGCAAGUGUAAUUUGGAAACAAUCAGCCCAAAUGUAAUAGUCGGCUUGAAUCUUCCUGCCAAUGGCUCCCCCCUUCAGGAUAUCCUGGUCCAUCCCUGUGUGACUUCCAUUGACUCUUCCAUGCUGAUCUCAAGCAGCGUGGCUGUGACAGACGAUUCGGCUUUCAACGGGCCGUACAAAUUUCCAUUUAUUCCUUCCUUUGAAUUGUUCCAAUUGUGUUACUACACAUCACAGGUUCCCGUGCCACCAAUUUUAGGUUUUUAUCAGUUGACAGAAGAUGGACAUCUAGUACAGAUAUCCGUGAAACUAAAGCUACACGAGAGCGUAAAGAAUGGAUUUGACUAUUGUGAAGCACAGCUACCCUUUUUCAACAAAGGACAGAUAAAGCAUUUUGAAUACAAAGUAAGUCACGGGCAGCUCGAAUUAUCAAGAGAAAAGAGUCUUCUUGUUUGGGUGAUAGGCCAGAAGUUUCCAAAAUCUUUAGAGAUUACCCUGUCAGGAACUGUAACUUUUAACUCUGAGGAACACCCCAAUGAUCCACUGGAUCCCAUUUGUGUUGGAAAUACAGCUUAUGUUAAACUUUCAUUUAGGAUUCCUGAUUACAGUCUGACGGGAUGUUACACAGACCAGCACUCUAUCCAAGUCUUUUCAACAACAAAGCCAAAAAUUGUGACCUCACGGGAGCUCAUCUCAGCAGACUACUAUAUAUGGAACUCCAAGGCCCCAGCACCGAUUGUAUGCAGAUCUUUCUUUGAUUAAUAACCUGCAGUGAUUUUAUGUGUGUCUAUAAUACUGAUUAAAAAAAAAUGAGAAGCGAA